AUGAGCCCCUCCGUGUUCUACAACGGUGCCAACGUGAAGCAGGUGGACGUGCCCACCCUGACCGGCUCCUUCGGCAUCCUGGCCUCCCACGUCCCCACGCUGCAGGUCCUGAAGCCAGGAGUGGUGACGGUGUACGGCGAAGACGGCACGGCCACCAAAUACUUCGUGAGCAGCGGCUCCGUCACGGUCAAUGCAGACUCCACGGUGCAGGUGCUGGCGGAGGAGGCGGUGACAAUGGACAUGUUGGAUCUGGCUACCGCAAAAUCAAACCUGGAGAAGGCCGUUUCAGAGAUGGCUGCAGCCUCCGACGAAGCUGCUAAAGCAGAAGCCCAGAUUAAAGUGGAAGCCAACGAGGCUCUCGUCAAAGCCUUGGAAUAACAGGGGAAUCCCACUGACGCUCUAGAAAAACCCCAGACUGUCCUACUUGUUCUGGCUUCCCCGUUUGUACAGAUGGUGUGGGACAAAUGGAGGCGGAGAAACUGCUCUGAUCAAUUAAAAGGAUAUGCAGUCUUG